AGCGCAAGAAUUUUGCACUAACAAGUCUCAAAAAGAUUAUACCUAGAAAUCUCGGAACAAGGAUAUAGGAGGUUGAGCGAUUCAGGCGUUUUACGCAUCAGCAGGAUCAUCAAGGACGUCGAGAAAUUGUUGGUCCAGAUCAAAUGAAGUCCCACGUUCUGACUGACAUUAGAGCCUUGACCGUUUCAGAAUCAAGAUCAUUCGGUCAACCACAACCAUGAUAACGCCCCUCGUUUGGCACCAUGUCCCGCUCCAAAUCUGGGCCCGGACUUAUAGUGCGUCCUCCUCGACCCAACAGACUUACAGUGAACGACGGGUCCUGGGUUAUACGGACCAACAAAUGUUCCGGGUAGUGUCCCAAGUGGAGAAAUACAAUCAGUUCGUGCCUUGGUGCAAGAAAUCUGAUGUGAUUUCACGGGAGUUAUGCGGUCUAAAGGCCGAAUUAGUCAUUGGAUUUCCGCCUCUUUUUGGCGAAUCAUAUACCUCACAUGUAACAUUAUUCGCGCCCCAUUUGGUAACCGCAGUCUGCACAGACAUGAAUCUGUUUCAUCACUUAAAAACCGUGUGGAAGUUUGGCCCAGGAUGGUUGGAUCAGCCCGAAACCACCACCACAUUGGAUUUUGCCGUCAGCUUCCAGUUUCGGAAUCAUGUCCACUCCCAGAUUUCGCGACUUUUCUUCGACGAGGUGGUCAAACAGAAUGUGAACGCCUUCUUGAGGCGGGCCCGAACCCUCUACGGGCCCGAAAGUAUACCCGCCCAAAAACCGACUAUUGUAAUCAAGAGCUGACAUCGGAUUAAUUCUGGUGUCAUGUCAUGGAAUGUUCAAAUAAACUCCGGUGCAAUCUGCAA